UCGAACACCGCCAAGUGCUUUAUAGCCGAAAUUAUCUGAGAAAUACCUUCCACUCUAAUGAUAUCGUCGACGUAGUUAUUUUCGGGCUUCUCUUUGCUCAUAUUCAUCACGAACUGUCAAGCACUUAUAAACGUUAGCAUUAAACAAAUGUUUGAAGAAUGUUCAAAUGUCGGGCACACGCGUUUGUAACACUUGAUUAAGAUGAUAACCAUGUUUUGGAAAUAACGAGUACGAUAGAACGAAUCAUUUAGUUAUGUCAAAGUGACCACGCCGAACAAGUCAGAAUGGAAGCUAGAAAUUCGACGAUACUGGAAUCUUCGCCAGAGGAUACUAUGCUGUUUGAAACUGUGAAAAGCUUAAUAAAGCGAGAUCGUAAAGAAACGGAGAACGAAGAUGACUUCUUCCUGGUGUCGCAGGUUCAAGAGACGCAGUACUCUGAUACAAACGUCAAGGAAGAAACAUCGCACAAACAUCAAAUGGAAGAAACAUAUCAGUGGAUGAAUCUUUGCAGAAUAUGUGCCAAUGCUAAUGAUCAUUUGAUACCUAUUUUUGAGGGAGAAGGAGCAGAACUUGACUUAUCUAAUAAAAUACUCAAGUACCUGCCAAUACAUAUAUCUAGAAGUGAUACUUUGCCAUUACAAUUAUGUUAUCACUGUGCAGUCACAAUAUUGGCUUGGCACGAAUUAAGUAAAGAUUGUCUAAAUGCGGAGAAAAAGCUCUUGGAAAUGCAGCACUUGUUGCAAGAUAAACAGCAGGUUCACAACGAUGUACCUUUGAUUAAUUUGGAUGUUUCCACACCAGUUACUUCAUCAAUCUCAACCAUAUCUAACAUAACAAUUUCACAAACUGAUCAAGCCAAUUGCAAAAAUAAUACACAAGAUACAGAAGAAAUUAAUAAAUUUAACAGAAACUGGAAGAUGCCGAACUCCAUAGAAGUCGACAUGCGACAUAUUAGCGGAUUUUUUACCAACUUAUCAUUUAUUCACGAAGUAAACAAUCAUACAUCAUGUGUUCACGCAACUGUUCGUGGGUCACGAGAACCAGAUAGAUAUAUCAUCUUAUCAGCCAACGGGGAUGGUAUUAUUAUAACUCUGGAAAUGGUACAGGUUUUAGAUAGGAUUUAUUCAGUACACGAUUGGCGGCCACGACGAAGUUUGAUCUUCUGCGUGUCUCUGCUGCCCUUAGAUGUUUGUCCACAGACUUUGCCUGAUUUUCUACGGCGAAAAGUCGUGGCAUAUGUGGCGGUACAUGAUUAUUCUUUACAAGCUUACGGUUACGUGACUUUAUCCGGAUCAGACAUUAUGCAGUCCAUAGCUAUUGAAGCUAUCAAAACAAUUCCCGGUAAUAGUAACUGGACACACCUUGAACGCAAAGCAUCUGAUUCCCGCCUUUUUCUGGAUAUUCCACAAGUAUUAUUUUCUUUCAACGAGAGCAAUCUCACGCGAAACGAAAUUUACCACGAUCAAAAUUCGCGAUUACAUGCUGUAACUCUGGCACAAAUGAUUAGUCAAACUAUAUGGCGACUAUCCGAGAGUAUAAUUAUUAAAUGGGAGCCAAAAUAUUUCAAUGAAACUAUUAAUAGGAUAUUGGAAUCGAUUGACACCAGCAAGUUUCAAGAAGUUAUAGAGAAGUUAAAAAGAACGUUGAGGAUAUUACUAGCUGCCAUAAAAGAUCUCAACAUAAAAAUUGACACAACGGAGAAUACGCAGGCAUUAUGUAUGAGAAUAUGGAAUGACUUACUUUUGGAUUUGGAUAGAGCGCUUUUGUGUCCCGACGAAAGAUUCUAUUCCAAAACCGAUUUAGCGACUCUUCGCAAAUUAUCAUUGAAAUCUACGAAUAGUACAUUAAAUUACCUCAACGACAUGAUAAAGUGUUAUGAAAACGCUAUACAAAUUUUACAGGAAUAAUGGAAGAAAGGAAAAAAGUUUGUAAGAAUAUGCUUGCGCAAAAUAAGAAAUCAGGAAAUGACCAGUUUUAGAAAAAUCUCGUUCAUUCAUCUUUGUCCAUUUGAUACAAGAUGUAUUUUCGUUGUGACAAUAUACAUUUUUCAAUAUACAUAUUUUGGACGUUUCAAACUUUAUUGUGGUUUCAAUUUAUAUACAUGCAUAUGCAUUUUAAGUAUUAAAACAAGUUCAAUUCAAAACAAGUUUAUUAUACCUUAGAUUGUUCGUAUCUCAUAAAAACAUAAAAGUGUUUUGGCAAUUUCUACUUUAAUUUAAGCAAUUAUUAUUAUCCAUGGAAAAUAUAUGUAUAAAUAUGUAUAAAUUAUUUCUGUCCAUUAUUUAAAUAUGAAAUACACACACACAACGCAUAUAUACACGCGCGACCAGCAUACACACACAUUAUUUCAUACUUUAAUAUAAUUCUUAGUAUGAUAUGUAUACAAAGUAUAUCACAGUAUAACUAUUAUAACUUUCAAAAUAGUUUAACAUAUUUAUCACAUGGCAUGUCUCUUUAGAACUGCCAGAUUCCCUCAUUUAGAUUGUAAUUAAAAGAUGUAUAACACUUGGUUUAAAUUAAAUAUUAAAGAAAAAUUGUUAUAAA